AUGCAGUGCUCUCUGUGCAGGCUGCGAACCCACCAGUGGUGUUUCCUCCUCUUCAACGUCCUCCUCUUCCAUGCCCUGUUGUUUGGGGCGGACUUUGUGGAGGAGUACCUCCUGCAGCCCACGCCAGGGGUUUACACUGAUGGCCUGGUUGUUGACGUGAGAGAGAAAGCAAGGAAAUUAGACCUGAGUAAAGCCAGGGAGAACGUGUCCCAGGCCUACCCUAUCGCUAACCCAGACGCCUGCAGAAACUCGGACCUCUUCCUUCUCACCCUCGUCUUCAGCUCCCCCGCUAAUGUCACCCAGAGGGAUGCAGUCAGGAGGACGUGGGGAAACCAAACGCUCACUCAAGGCUUCCCAGUGAGGACACUCUUCUUCUUAGGAUCAACUGAGACUUUCUCUGCACAGGAGGCUCUUAUGAUAGAGUCUGAGCUCCAUGGGGAUCUGGUGCACGGUCAUGCAGUGGCUGAUUCGUCCCUCCGGGGCCCAACAGAGAGGACAAUCCUGGCCCUCCGCUGGGUGAUCGCCUUCUGUCCUGUUGCACGUUUUGUCCUGCUGACAAAGGACUCUGUGUUUGUAAACAUCCCUGGCAUUGGAGGCUACUUACUCGGGCUGCACAGGCACCCUGAGGACCUUUACUUAGGACGGGUGAUCCAGAGAGACUCCCCUGAUAGGAACCCUAACAGUCCUGGCUACCUACCUCCAGCUCUUUACCCUAACAAGUACCUGCCCGAGUAUUGUGACGGGGCGGCUUAUGUCCUGUCCCAGGAUGUGGUCCGGAAAGUGUACAUAGCAUCAGCUGCAGUCCGUGCUCCGGUGCCGGCGGAUGUUUUUGUGGGUGUUUGUGCUCAGAAGGCCGGGGUGACACCGACACACAGUGCCAGGUUCUCAGGGGAGAAACACAUCCACUACAACGCCUGCUGCUACCACUACCUGUUCAGCUCUGCAGGAAUGGAAGGCCAUGUGCUGGAUACAGUUUGGGCAGAUCUGGGACUGAAGGGGGGGGUAUGCUCUCUGUUGCAGACAUACAAAGGUGUGGUGACCUGCAAGGCCCUGACCUACCUGGAGAAACUGCCCUUCUUCAAGUCCAAGGGAGAAGCCCAGUCUCACGGUUCAGUGAUAGAGUGA